AUGGCAAAGAAUGGAAUAGGCAUUCGAGGAAUAAAGGUCAGCUCUGCGGAGGAGUUUGGUGAUUGUGCGUCGCAAGCGGAACAAAAUGUUAACGCUACCAGAGGAAUUUGGAGCCUGGUGCCUUCUAGACUUGGACUGAAAUUUAUUGUGGCUCAUGGUUGUAACUUAAAUCAGUGGGCAGGCAAAUCUUCAAUCACUAAUUCCACUCAAAAAUUGAGGGUUUUAGAACUCUAUGAACGUGGGAGUCAGACAAGCAUUCAAUUACGUGAGCUUUGGGUGUCUGAGUCGGAAUAUGCUCCUUUGCAGCUAAGAGAGAUAGUUAUUUCACACUGCCGACAAUUCCAAGGGUUUCCAGACUCAACAGGACAUCUGAAGCAAUUGAGAAAAGAAAUCCUGGAUUCGGCGGGGUGGAUGGAGAGUCUUCCAGAAGAGUUCUGCAUUCUCCAUUUGCUGGAGCACCUUGAUUUAAGGCAAUGUAAUGGGCUGUCAUCACUACCUAGCAGCAUGGGUAAUUUGAGAAAUCUGCGGCAUCUAAAUUUGUGGGGGUGUGAGAAAUUGCAGAGGUUACCAGAUUCUUGCAAGGACUUGAUGCUGCUGCAACAUCUCAAUUUGUGCGGCCGUUCGAAUGUAACUUUUAAUUCGGACAUUAUGGAAAACAUGUCAAAGCUAGAGGAGUUACCAAUAAAGAUCAAUCAACUGAGCAAGUUGCGAAAACUGUCCAUCGGGGGUGCUUCAUUGACAAGCUUGCCGGCCUCUCUUGGAGAUUUGUCUUCCUUGACUACUCUCAGAAUUACUUCGAGCGGGCUAGAAUGUUUACCAGAUUCUCUGGGGCGUCUCAAUCUCUUAGAGACAUUACAGAUAGAAUAUUCAAAAGUGAAAUAUUUACCAGAAUCAAUUAAUCAAUUGAUUAAUCUGGAAAGCCUGUGGAAUUGUGGAUAUCUUGUUGUCCAGUUAGUGAAUUGA